GAGCGCCGACUACAGCAGUGGAGCUUCACAGUCAUGGCAAGGAUCCAAGCACUGGCUGCCACCAUCCACUUUAUGAUACUAAUGUUGGCUGGAUGUCAAGACUUGCAGGUGACUUGUCUGUUCUCUGAGGACUGCCUGCUGCCCUGUAGUUUUAGACCCUCAGGGGAGGAGGUCAUUCACUGGAAGAGGCAAAAAGUGCAUGUCCACAGCUUCUACUAUGGCCAGAACCAGCUCCAAAUCCAGGACAGUCGCUACAUAGGGCGGACGUCUCUCUUCCAAGACCUCAUCAUCCAGGGAAAUGCUUCACUCCUGCUGCAAAGGACCAAAAUUUCAGACGAGGGACAGUACAGCUGCUACACCAGCACAACACUGGGAGCAAGGGUGGUCUUCAUCAGUGUACAAAUGAAAGGAGACGAUACCACAGAACCCCAAAUACCAAUACCAGCUGACAAUCCAACUGAAAUACAGCUUCAGGGAUACAGAACAGGUGGAGGAGAGACUGAAGGAAGAGGAGAGUUGGAGGAUGAGAGGAGGGACAUGCUGGAAUCCUCGGACACCAUCUGACAGGGAGGAAUGCGCACAUGGGGGACGAUGAUCCAAACAUCAUGUGGCCAUCAUUAAAAUCCUUACACGUUUGAUGGUACUGUAGUAUCUUGCAGCAUUGCCUUUUAUGUUUGUAACAUUGCUUUUUGAAAUGGUUUGUUCAUCGUAUUUUUUCCUUUAAACUCUUUCAUUGUUUCGUUUUAAAACCAAUGUGCUGGACUACUGAACCAAACCAACAGAAAUUGUGUCAUUGUCCAAAUGUAUACUAACUGCACUGUAUAUUACAAAAAACAUUUAAAUUGUUUAAAGUGCAGAUUGUCAGCAUAUUUAGAUCCAUAUCCAGUUAUCCAUGUAGGAAUUACAGCGUUUUUAUACAGUCCCCCCAUUUCACCUUUCACAUACUUACAAACUGCACUGUAUUUGUGCCAGCUGUUACCAGUAGCCCCAAAAGAUAAAGCAUAAUUGACAGCGUAUCACAUACCCUGCUGUUGGCGUCAGGACGAUCCAGGAUGAUUAUGCAUAAUUUAAUGCACUUAUAAAUUGCAGUAGAUAACAACUUAGUAACACUAACAGUAAAUAAGGGGGGCAGAAUAUCACAGAAUUUUACAAAUGGGAAAUUGUCCUUUCUCUCACUGCUCUUUAGUAAUAUCUCACCCACUGACCAAAAGUUCAUCUUUUGGAUGCUGUCUCAGUAAUUAAUAAAUACUCAUAGACCAAAAGGAAAAACCUGAGGUAAAAGUUUUCCAUACAAAGGAAAAGUAGCUAGCUAAUGUUAGCCAUUUGUUAGCUUUUAUAGCCAAUUAGUUAUCCAAUUUAGCAUAUCUUCGUAUUUCCAUAUCUUAAAGAUAUCAAGACAAUGAAAGUGCUGCCAUUGUUUUCACUGAGAUUUUAACAAUAUUUUAAACCGAUAGUAUACAGUUCACUAGCAGGCUGCUAUAUUUGCAGCCAGUAAACAGGCUCAAAUCAUUUUACCUACACUAUUAACU